UAAUUCUGCCUUGAUUCAGAGCAAGACAAUUGACAAGUGGAAGAUCUACAUCAGUCAUAGAACUGUUCACCUAUCAGGAUGGCAGACUCCCUGUUGAAGCGGUGCCAACUGCUGAGAAAGACCUCACAGCCUGUGAAGCAGAGGGGCAAAUGGGAGAGUAAAAUUGAAUUUCUCCUUUCUGUGACUGGUGCCACUAUUGGACUUGGCAAUGUGUGGAGAUUCCCAUACCUUUGUUACAAGAAUGGUGGAGGUGCAUUCUUCAUCCCUUAUAUCCUCUUCCUUGUUACCUGUGGAAUUCCCAUGUUCAUUCUGGAAACAGCGCUGGGUCAGUACACCAGUCAGGGGGGAAUCAUGUGCUGGAGAAAGGUCUGCCCAUUGUUUGAAGGCUUGGGAUAUGCCAGCCAGAUGAUCAUUUUUUAUGCUAGUACCAGCUACAUCGUAGUUUUGGCCUGGGCUUUCCUCUACUUCUUCGCUGCAUUCUCCAGAGAGUUACCCUGGACAUCUUGUAACAACACAUGGAACACUGAUCACUGUGUGGUAAUAAACAACUAUAACGGCUCCUCUAACUGGACCUCCUCAUUGAAUGCAUCCUUUUCAUCUUCAGUUCUGGAGUAUUGGCAGCGACGGGUGUUGAAUAUAUCCACUGGCAUAGAGACCUUGGGAAAUAUACGAUGGGAUCUUUCUCUGUGCCUUCUUCUGUCCUGGAUUAUCUGCUACUUCUGUGUUUGGAAAGGAGUUAGAUCCACUGGGAAAGCAACAUACUUCACGGCCACAUUGCCCCUCUUAUUGUUAGUAUUACUCUUUCUGCGGGGCAUUACUCUUCCUGGAGCCUUGCAUGGUAUAAAGUACUAUCUGUACCCCAAUCCCAGUCGACUCGGUGACCCACAGGUCUGGAUAGAUGCUGGAACACAAAUAUUCUAUUCAUUUGCUCUAUGCUUGGGUUUUUUGACUACUCUUGGAAGCUACAACAAGUAUAACAAUGACUGUUACAGAGACUCUUUUUACCUUUGCCUGGUGAACAGUGGAACCAGUUUCUUGUCAGGAUUAGCUGUUUUCUCAAUUCUUGGCUACAUGUCACAAAAGCAGGGUGUUGAUAUUUCCACUGUUGCUGAAUCAGGUCCUGGACUUGUCUUCAUAGUCUACCCUCAAGCGGUAACCCUUCUACCGUUGCCUCAGUUCUGGUCCAUGUGCUUUUUUUCCAUGAUCAUUUUGUUAGGAGUUGACAGUCAGUUUGCUGGUUUGGAAAGUAUUGUUACCUCAUUAUCUGAUAUAUGUCCUUCCGAGAUCAGGAAAGGAUACCGCAGAGAGCUUUUACUAUUGAUGAUCUGUUCCUGUAGCUUUAUUUUUGGCCUUUUUUUUGUGUCAGAGGCCGGCAUUUACAUUCUGCAGAUCUUUGAUCACUAUGUGUGCAGCGGUCCGACACUUCUUAUGAUGGCAAUCUGCCAAUCAGUGAUUAUUGGAUGGAUUUAUGGAGCUGGACGCUUCUCUGACAACAUUGAAGACAUGAUUGGGUACAAACCUCUUCCACUGAUCAAGUACUGCUGGAUGUAUGCUAUCCCUCUUUUGAGCUUUGGAUCCUUGGUGUAUUUGCUCCUGAGAUACACCCCAAUGAGGUUCAACAACUCGUAUGUGUAUCCUUGGUGGGCUUACUGUAUUGGCUGGUUUUUGUCCAUGUCUUCGUUGUCUAUGAUCCCACUCAACAUGGUGUGGAAACUAGCCAAAGGAAAAGGAACUAUUUGGGAGCGCCUCAAGACAAGCUUCCAGCCUGCAGAUGAUCUCCCAGUGAUGUCAGCAAUGGGAAUUGAUGAGGCUUCACUCACAGCAUGUCUCUAAGGAAAGAAAAGGAAAAGAUUUUCAGUAAAUCCCUGUAGUUGAAAAAAAAAAAAAACUUUUUUCUCUUGGAAGAAAUAGUAUGUUUAUAGCAUGUUAUCAUCGCUGUUAU